UUCUCGUGAAAUGAACAAAUCAACAAAAAAAACAAUAUUUUUGUUGUAAUGCAUGUUUAAAAAGGGCGGUAGAUAAUUGAAAGUGAAGCAGAAGAUUGGCUUGGCCUUUGGGUAUCGUUUUACUGAGAACCAAAGCCGUAGGAGAGUGAUAAAGGAAGAAGCUUUUUCGAGAGAGAAAUAAUGGGGGGAGGAGGAGGAGAAGGAGAUGAGGGAUCGUUAGAGUACACUCCAACAUGGGUUAUAGCAGUAGUUUGUUUUGUGAUUAUUGCCAUUUCUUUUGCUAUGGAACGUUUACUUCAUCAUUUAGGGGAUGUUUUGAAAGAGAAACAACAGAAACCGCUCUACGAGGCUCUUUUGAAAGUCAAAGAAGAGUUGAUGCUCUUGGGGUUUAUAUCACUGUUGUUGACAGCAUUUCAGAGUGCAAUUUCUAAAAUUUGCAUGUCAAAGGAUCUACGUAAAGACAUGCUUCCUUGCAGAGUUAACCGCCAUUACCAUGAUGAUGAUGAUAAGGCCGGCCAUAAUGGUCACAAAUUAGAAAUCUAUUUUGCUUCUGGCACCCGGCACCUUCUGAGCGCAGAUUCAUUAAAUGCGGACAGAUACUGCAGUUCCCAGAAUAAAGUACCAUUGAUGUCCCUUUCGGCUCUUCAUCAUCUACAUAUUUUUAUCUUCGUCCUGGCCAUUGCCCAUGUCACGUUCUGUGUUCUCACAGUUUCUUUUGGAGGGCUUAAGAUACAAAAAUGGAAACAAUGGGAAGAUGAGAUUGCGAAAGAGAAUUAUGAUCAAGAGAGACAGUUGGAGAAAAAAUUCAUUCAUGUCCAGCAGCAUGAUUUUAUCAAACAUCGUUUUCAGGGUUUCGGUAAACGUUCAGUUCCUCUACGGUGGUUGUAUUCGUUUUUCAAGCAAUUCCAUGCAUCUGUUACCAAAUCCGAUUACGAGGCACUAAGGCUAGGUUUCAUCAUGACCCAUUGCAAAGGGAAUCCCAAGUUUAAUUUUCACAAAUACAUGAUUCGAGCCUUGGAAGAUGAUUUUAAGGAAGUUGUUGGUAUAAGUUGGUAUCUCUGGGCAUUCGUGAUCAUCUUCUUGUUGCUGAAUGUUAAUGGAUGGUAUACAUAUUUCUGGAUAGCUUUCAUUCCUUUCAUUCUUCUACUUGCUGUGGGGACGAAGCUCGAGCAUGUGAUUACCAGUUUGGCUCAUGAUGUUGCUGAGAAACAUGUAGCCAUUGAAGGAGAAUUAGUGGUAAGACCAUCGGAUGGAUUCUUUUGGUUCGACAAUCCUCGUCUGGUUCUCAGGUUGAUCCAUUUUAUCCUCUUCCAAAAUGCUUUCGAGAUUGCAUUUUUCUUUUGGAUUUGGGUUCAAUUAGGGUUCGAAUCCUGCCUAAUGGGUGAACUUUAUUAUAUCGUUCCAAAGCUUACUAUUGGGAUGUUCAUUCAAGUAGUCUGUAGUUACAGUACGCUGCCACUUUAUGCCAUCGUCGCACAGAUGGGAAGUUCAUUCAACAAGGCAAUAUUUGAUGAAGAUGUGCAAGCGAGUCUUCUUGGUUGGGCAAAGAAGGUGAAGAAGAAGCAGGCACUGAAGCUUGCGACUCAAGCAAAGGCCUCGGAACGCCCUCUCAUGUCAAUGCAGAUAGAGGAUGAUGCUAAAUCCGAAGCUUCUACUGCAAAGGAGGAUGAUCCCGAAAAGGGUUCCAAUGAAGCGAAAUGA